AUGAAAGUUUCAUUGUAAGAUUUUGGUUUUCAUCAACCAAAUGCUCCAGAAAUCAAUACACCACGGUCUCUUGAGGCUUGUAGAAGAGAAGGAAUAUAACCAAGCGAAAUAGUUAAGAUUCCGUUUGAGGAAUUUCAAAAGAGAUACAAAAUGAAAAAUCUAGAUCACAAGGGAAUAGAACAAUUUUACAAGCAUUAUGAGGAGAGAAGAGAAAAGAAAUUCGAAGAACUCAUUAAAUAGAGACAUAUUGUUCUUGAAGAUGAAAAAACUGGGACAUGGAGUUCUGAAGGAUUAUCUAAAAGUAAAGUGAUAUCAAAAUAUGGUUAAUAAGAAACAUCCUCUUUGGUUGAGAAGGAAAAGCAAUAAUUGGAGAAAAUGAAAAAGAAGCAGCAAAAAGAAAUAGAAGGUAUGCUUGAAUAUGAAUUGAAAAUGCAAGAAAUAAGAUUAGAAAAUGAAAAGAAGUAGGCUGAAGAAAUAGCCAAAUAAUAGCAAAGAGAUCUUGAAUUGCAACGGAAAAGAGCUGAACAAGAGGAAUAAAGAAAAUAAAAGGAAUUGGAGAAAUAAUAAAAGAGAGAGUAGGAAGAAGAGUUACAAAGGUAAAAAUUAAAGGAAAUGGAAUUGAAAGAAAAGGAACGACUUAAAUUAGAAGAGCUGAAAUAAAAAGAAAGAGAAGAGGAAGCAAAGAAAAAAGAUGAAGAACGAAAAGCUAUUUAAGAAAAAUUAAGGAAAUAAAAUGAGGAAAAUUAACGAAUUUAAUCAGAAUUAUUAGAAAAGAGAAAAUAGGAAAUGGAACUCAAAGCAGAAUAAAGAAGAAAAGCAUUAGAAGAAUAAAAAUUAAAAAAGAAACAAGAAGCAGAAUUAGCAAGAUUAUAAAAUGAAGAAAGAAUUUAAUAAGCAAAAUAAAGGAAUGAAGCUGAACUUUAAAAAUUAAAAGAAGAUUUUGAAAGAAAGAUAAAAUUAAGCGAAGUGAAAUAAAAAUAAUAUGAAGAAGAAAAAAGAAGGAAAUUUGAACAGUAAAGAAAGGAGGCUGAAAAGCAUUCUGAAUUAUUUUAAAAGGUUAUUGAGUAAAAUAAUCAAUUGGAAUAAGAAAAGAAGAAUUUAUAUUUGAAGAAAAUAUAAGAAGUAGAAGAAAGAAGAAAAUAUAUUGAAGAAGAAUUAGAAAAAGAAAAAGAAUUAAAAAAAUAACUUGAAAAAGAAAAAGAGUAAUAAAGAAAAUAAGUGUUAUUAUUAAAUGAAGAAAACAAUAAAUAGAAAAUAGAAGAAUUGGUUAAGAAGAUAAAUGAAAAAGAAGAAAUAUUGUAAAAAAUACAAGAAGAAAGGAAUGAGUAACUUUAAGACAGAAAAACUAUGGAUAUGUUGAAGCGUUUUGAUAAAAGGGAGAAUGUAGAAAGAAUUAUGAGAAAAUAAGAGUAUGAUAAAUAAAAAUUAUAAGAAAAAAUUGUAGAAAAAAUGCAAAGAGCAGAUAAGUUAUCAGAGGAUCUUGAUCAACUACUAUCUUAAAGACAUAAUCUUAGAAGAGAAAUUGAAAAAUAGAAAAGAGAAAUCAUGAUCAAAUUUGAAAAGGUUAGAGAAGGCAAACUACCACCUUCUGAAAUUUAGAAACAAUUAGGUAUGACUGAGCCAGAUGCCAAAUUUUCUAAUUAAACUAAUCCUUAUCGUACUUUCUCAUCCACUAGACCUAAAACAAAUUAAGCAAAAGAAAGGCCUGAUAAGGUACAAUCUGUUAGACCAAAUAAGAUUUAAUCUGCUAAGCCUGAAUAAAGUAAAGUUUAAGAGAAAUUAGAUAUUAAACAAACUUUACCUAUUUUUGAGUAGUAAGCUCAUAAGACUACUCCUAAAUUCCAUAAAAAAAUUGAUGCUAAGAAGAAAUCGGAACCUGUUAGAGCAGAACCUCCUAGUCCUUAAAUUCUUAUUUAAUUAAAUAAAAUGGUUUAAAAGCAUAAUUAAGAUAUGAUGAGAUUAUUAAUGGAAGAACAUGCAAAUGAAAAUUUAAGAGAUGAAAAACUAAAUUAAGCCAAAGGAGAAGAAAAAGCUAAACUUGAAAAAGAUUAUGCUUUAGAAAGAGUAAAAGCAUAACUUAAAAUCGAAAAACUGAAAUCAAAUUAGGAAGAAGAAUAAAAAAAAUAUAAAUAUACUCAUAACAUUUUUGAAAAUGAUAUUAUUAAGUGA